AAAAUCACCAUGAAAUUCGUUAUUGUUUUCGUCGCUCUCUUCGCUUUGGCCUACGCUGCCCCAGCUGCUCCAGAAGCCGAAAUCGUCGAAUUGAGAUCCGAUGUUGAGCCCGAGAAAUACAGCUUCGCCUUGAAGACCAGCGAUGGUACAUCAAAGGACGAAGAAGGUCACUUGGUCAAUGUUGGUGCUGAAGAUGAACACAUUGUUGCCCGUGGAUCUUACUCUUUCGUCGCUGAUGAUGGUCAAACCUACACAGUCACCUACAUCGCCGAUGAGAACGGUUUCCAACCACAAGGUGCUCAUUUGCCCGUUGCCCCUGAGGCAUAA